AUGGGAUGUCAAAGUAGUAAACUUACCACAGUUACAAAUACUCAAGAUUUUUCAUCAUCAAAUCCUAUAAUUCAAACAAAUUAUGGUUUAGUUGAAGGAAAAACUUACCAAACUAAAGAAGGUUUUAUUUCAAAUAUAUUUUUAGGUAUUCCAUUUGCUUCACCUCCAGUUGGAGAAUUAAGAUUUAAGAAACCUAUUCCACCAUCAAAAUGGGAUGGAAUAUUAUUAGCAAAAAAAUAUAAAUCACGAUCAAUUCAAAAAGAUAUUUAUAUUGAACCAAUAACAAUAACAAAUAAAAAAAAUGAAGAUUGUCUAUAUUUAAAUAUAGUUACACCAGAUUUAUCAAAUAAAUCAAAUAAUAUUAAAUAUCCCGUCAUGAUAUAUAUACAUGGUGGUGGUUUUACAAUUGAUUGUGCUGCUAGAUAUGAUUAUAAAAAAAUUACACAAACACUUGUUAAACAUGAUGUUAUUGUUGUUACAAUACAAUAUAGAUUAGGAUUCUUAGGAUUUUUUUAUACAGGUGAUGAAGCAUGUCCAAGUAAUCUUGGAUUAUGGGAUCAAUAUAUGGCUUUAAAAUGGAUACAUGAAAAUAUACAAUAUUUUGGUGGUGAUAUAAAUAAUAUUACUGUAUUUGGGCAAUCUGCUGGUGCUGUUAGUGCUGAUAUAUUAGCAUUAUCACCAAUUACUAGAGAUAUGUUUCAAAAAGUUAUUCUUAUGGGUGGUAAUGCUGAUACUAUAUGGGGUAUUGGUGAUAAAGAUAAAUUAAUUGAAAUAUGUAGAAAUAAAGCUAUUAGAUUAGGUUUUAAAAAAUUAAAUAAUGAUGAAUGGAGUAAGGAAGAUAAUAUUGAAAUGAUGAAAUUUUUAAUGAAAAUACCAGGAGAAAAAUUUGGUAAUACAAUGUUAUAUGAAGCUAAAUAUUUUAAAGAAGGAACUUUAGAUAAUGCACCAAUUGUUGAUGGUGAAUUUUUACCAAAACCUAUUAAUGAAUUAAGAAAAGAAGUUUCACCAAAAUGUUGUAUUAUAGGAGUAUGUAAAUAUGAAGGUUUAUUAUUUAUGGGAUUAUAUAAAUGGAAAAUUAAUGAAAAAUUAAAAAAUAAAUUGAUUAAUAAUGUUAUAGAAUUUUUUGAAAAAAGUAAUAUUAAAUUGACAAAUGAUGAAGCAUUAGAGUUAGGUAAUUUAAAAAAUGUAUCUACUAAAAAUAAAAAAGCUUAUAAAAAGAAAAUUGUUACACUAUUUGGAGAUAUUGUUAAUAAUAUAGCUAUGAGAAGAUAUUGUCAAGAAAGUAUAGAACAUAGAAAAACUUUAAUAAAUAAUAAAAAUAGUAAUAUAAAAAGAAAUAGUUAUUCAAGUGGUGAUUCUGGUUUUGGUGAUAAAAGUGUUUCUAGUGAAAGUAUUAAUUUUUCAAAUAGUUUUUCUUCAGAAAAAGAAACAUCAAAAACAGCUCCUUUAUAUUUAUAUCGUUUUGAUCAUUUUAAUAAAGGACAUUUAAUGGCAUUCAAAUUACAUUUACCAUUUGUUAGUGCAACUCAUUCAACAGAAUUAUUUUAUGUUUUUGGUGUAAAUUUAUUUGUUGUACCAUUUUAUGUAACAGAAAAAGAUAAAAUGGUAAUGAAUAAUGUUGGAAUAUGGUGGAGUAAUUUUGCAAAAUAUGGUAAUCCAAAUGGUAAUGAAAAUACAAAUAAUAAUGAAACAUUUUUAUGGAAACCAAUAACUGAUGAUUCAUUAGAAGAAUUAAAUUAUUUAAAAAUAAAAUAUAAUCCUGAAAUGGGUAAAGAUUUUGGUGGUCCAAGAAUUAAAAGAUUUGCUGAUUUAUUUGAAAAAGCAUCAAGAAUGCAAAAUAAUGUUGAAAAUUUUGUAAAUUAA